CCAUGUCCAACCCCAUACUCCCCGUACCAGCAUCCAUAGAGCCUACGAUCGACCACUUCUUCCUUUGGCAUUUCUUGUCUCUCUCCAUCACCAACGAGUGGGACAAGCGUUCUCCCGCUUUCGAUACCCUCUAUCCCCAGCGGCAAGAGGCAUGGCGCCUGGAGAUGAGCUCUCCUUCCUGGGCAUGGCCACGGCGGGAGCCAGACGAUUAGACCGAACUCAAACCCCAGAUGGAAAGGUUGAGGGAACGUGCGAUCUCUGAUCUUGAGGGAUGUGACUCCUGGCAUAUGGAUGCAUACUUCGCUGCCUUUGGUCUCACGUCCAAAAUUCAAAACUAUCUGUGCAAGAGCCCGCAGCUGUCGAAGCAGCUAGGCAGGCAGAUGACAAUCCGCUUCUUUAGACGUACGGAGGAGGAGAUGGACGCUGUGGAGUUGAAACGCAAGAAGAUGACCUGGGACGAGCUGAAUUGGGAAGAGGAUACCGACUCCGAAGCACAUCAGAUCCAAGCCAUCCGAACCCAAAGCGGGAACACCGAUAAGCUCUUUCUCUAAGUUGGUACAAGUGUGACAUCUUACCUGUCUUUCUGUCAUGCUAACAACAUCAAUCAACUGAGUUGUAGAAGUCCAAACCCAUCCCAAACCCGC